AUGGACGGCCUCUCCGGUGCCGCGAGCGUGAUCGCUGUGUUGCAACUGGCGACUGCAGUCGGUUCAGCGCUCAAAGAUUAUUACGAAGGUGUUCGCGAUGCUAGGGAGGAUAUACGGAAGCUAUAUGGCUCCAUUAAAGGGCUUGAGGGGAUACUGGGACGUUUAAAGGAUGUAGCUAAAGGAAUGAGUGAUGAGACGCUUUUGACCCAACCUUUGGAGGGGGUUAGAGCUGAUUUGGAGGACCUGAUGAAGAAACUUCAAGGUUCGGAAGCGAGUGAGACUCGUGCUCGAAGAGCUCUUCAGUCGUUGACGUGGCCUUUCAAGAAGAAGGACGCUGAGAAGUUAGUUGUUGCGAUCGAGAAACAUAAAUCCAGUUUGAGUCUUCUGGUUGGAGUUGAAAGUUUGCACCUCGGAUUUGAACAAUUCGAAAUUACUGCCGAUAUCAGAGCUGAUAUCAACAAGGCCCAGAUCCAGGAAGAGCGCCGACGCAUUAUCGAUUGGCUUUCCGGGGGCAUCCCAAAUCCUUCGCAGGAGCAUAACAUUGCAAGAGACAAGCAUGAGGAAACCACUGGAUCUUGGCUCAUUCAUGAUAACAACGAUUAUUCGGGCUGGCUAACAGCCCCGAACUCCUUCUUGUGGCUGAAUGGAGGUGCUGGGGUGGGGAAAUCUAUCUUAUGUAAAUACCUUCCAGCUCUCAAGAUAAUCUCCGCAAUUUUGUCAUCACGGGACACACCCCAGUCCCUACAGAACGAAUAUGAACGAGCCAAUGUUGGCCAACAGAAGCCAACCAUGAAAAGUUGCAUUACCAUGCUAAAAGAAGUCAUGGCCGGAUUUGACAAUGUUUACAUUGUCUUGGAUGCUCUAGAUGAAUGUCCAAAGAUCGAAGACAAAAGGCGUAGGCUUUUGGACUUGUUACGUGAUAUCUGCAAUUGGAACUUAUCAUCAUUACACGUUCUGGUAACUAGCAGGAGGGAGACUGACAUCGCUGAUUCCUUUACCAACUUUGCUGAUGAGCUAGACCAUUUUACGAACAUUAUUGCGGCUGGCCCUCAAGUUGAAGAAGACGUUAAAAAGUAUCUUCAACAACAACUUCAGUCAAGCGUUUUCAGGAAGUGGAAGAAAUCUUUAAGAAGGGACGUUGAAAUAGCACUUGCCUCAAAAGCGGAUGGAAUGUUUCGCCUCGUCGCGUUACAACUCGAAGCACUUAGUAGACUACGAGCAGAGUCAAAGAUCCGAUCAGCCAUGGAAAACCUCCCACAGACAUUAGAUGCAUUCUACGAUAGAAUCAUCCUCGAAAUUCCAGAGGAGGAUCAAGAUUAUGCAAACCGCGCACUGCAAUGGAUCGCGUUUGCGGCAAGGCCACUUUCCUUGAAAGAAUUGGCCGAGGCGGUCAUCAUAUCACCCGAGAACGAACCGUGCUUGCGCGAUGAAGAUAGAAUUAUGGAUUCUAAGGGUUUACUCGAUAUUAUACCAUCUGGUCUCAUCCGUGCAGUGCAUGUGGAAAUCGAAGUCGAUAACACCAUUGAGGAGUUUUUCAACGGUCCAUCAGAGGAUACAAGCGAAGGAUAUUCUAACGAGUCUAGUGACGGAGGUCAUGUAGGGUCUGUAGAUGGCAGUGUUGUAGAAUCCGUGAAUGGUAAUGAUGCAGAGUCCGUGGGUGGUAGUGGUAUAGAGUCCGAGGAUGAUUCCAGGUCUCAUGAUUCGUUCACCUCAGCGGGGACCAUUCCAAAUACAAUUUGCAUCAUGCUUGUUGCAUAA